UCCUGAUUGGUCUCCCAUUAUUUUCCAUGGGCCAAUAAUGUCAGGCCUGAAAAAUGAUUUUUUACACAAAGUUCAGACCGGGUCAUAAAGUUCCCACAGAUGUGAGAAGUCAUCAAAGAACCAGGCUGACAUGUCGUUAUCAAAGCAGCCCCGGGAGCUGAAGUGCAGCCGCUGCCGACACCAUGGCAUCAUCGUGCCGCAGAAGGGCCACACCAAGUCCUGCCCGUUCCUGAGCUGCGACUGCUGGAAGUGCUACCUCAUCACGCAGCGGAGCCGGAUCGCGGCCCUCCAGCGGACCCUGAAGAAAGCCCAGACCGAGAUCCAGAGCAAAGAGCAGCCGGCGGCUGAGGGGCCGGAUGGAGCCGCCCGUCAGUUAGCCGCAUCUGGACUUCGACGUCCCGCACCGUCGGGAGGAGGAGGAGGGGGGCGCUCCGCCGCCUGGUGCCUUCCUCUGGAUCUCCGGAGCAGACCGGCCGCGGGAGGUGCGAGUAAGGCCGGUUAUGACACCGGAAAGGUGGAGGAGGCGACAUGGACAGCGUAUAAUGACGUUGCCCCUCUGCCGGUCAUUCACCUGAUGUCAGCUCAUUGCCCCAGCGGUUGCGUGCCGUGUCCACACUUCAUGCCGCCCAGGCCUGCCGGUGAUCUCUGUGGACCCCGACUGGUCCCCCACUUUCAGUCCGCUGCUCUGCAUUACCCGCCUGCACCACAGCCCGGACCUCGUGCUGAGUGCAGACACGUGUUCUUCAGCCUUCAGCCGCCACCUCUCCCAGACGCCUUCCAGAGGGAAGUGGAGCUGAAAUCAAAGCAGCCACAGCUUCCUAUGUGCAAACGCACAGGGAAGGACAUAGUGGAGCUGGAUUAGAGCCGAGGGACAGAUUCUAAGAACUGAGCUUGUUCCUGUUUUCAAUGCACAUUUUCAUUCAUU